AUGUACUUGAUAAGCAAUCCGGUAAGAGAAGCCAUCGCCGGAGAUAGUUCAUCGUCACCACCUGUUCGUACGAACGAGACCGUUGCACAUCUAAAAGUAGGCUCCUAUUACGAAAUUGACGUUUCCAGUCUCCCACAGAGAUCGCCAGAACAACUCAGGUUCAUAAGAAUCGCCAUGGUAAGCAAGAUAACAUCAAACCAUGUUUCUCUCCGAUACCCAAGCAUGUACUCACUCCGAUCACACUUUGGCGGAGGCGGGAUGAACCGGAAUAAACCGGAGAAGGGUGACGGUGUUCUUCCCCUUCUGGACGAGAGCCACGCGAUGGGAUCAGAGAUUGCCGGAGAGGUGCUGUACAGAAGAAUCCCACCUGAUGAAGUUUCCAUGAGGAGAAAUUCGCCGAGUUUCUGGGUUUCGGACAUGGACGAUUCUUCGUGCAAGGAGAAGAUCAAUUGGCCAAUAUACACCCGAAGACCCUCUCGCGCAGCUUCGUGGAAAGGAUCGUGCUGGUCUGAGCUUAGGUCGGCUGGGAUGGUCAAUUGGGGAAAGAGACUGCGCGUGCGGUACCAGAGCCGGCAUAUUGACGAGAAGAAGAACGAAGCAGGGAAGGAAGGUCCUGCUGUCAAGAAAGAGGAGGAAGAACAAACUGCCAAAAAGGAUGUGGAGGAAGAAGAUGCUGGUAACGAGACAGAGAGCACUGAUGAAGGGGGAGAGAAGGGAGCAAUUGAUCGUAGGAACAGUUCGCGUAAGAGAAAGCCAUGUGGGUCAGACAGCCAGAGACCAGCCCAGAGAGCCAAAGAAACUAAACCCAAUAAGCAAAAUCAAAUUGCGGUUUACAAGAAGAAAGUGGCCAAGAAGUUCAUUGACAGAUGGUCUGUCGAGAGGUACAAAUUGGCCGAGAAGAACAUGUUGAAAGUGAUGAAAGAACAGAACGCUCUCUUCGGAAACCCCAUACUCAGGUCUGAGUUAAGGUCAGAAGCUCGGAAGUUGAUUGGCGAUACGGGUCUCCUAGAUCAUCUGCUCAAGCACAUGGCUGGGAAGGUGGCCCCUGGAGGUCAAGACAGGUUUAGGAGAAGACAUAACGCAAAUGGCGCAAUGGAGUAUUGGCUAGAGAGUUCUGAUUUGGUGCAUGUACGGAAAGAAGCAGGGGUUCAGGACCCUUAUUGGACACCUCCACCAGGUUGGAAACUCGGCGAUAACCCUACUCAAGAUCCCGUCUGUGCCAGAGAAAUCCGCGAGAUGAGAGAAGGCUUAGCUAGUUUGAGAAGAGAAAUGGAGAAACUGGCGUCAAAGAAACAAGAGGAGAACCUUGCUAUGGUGACUACCCCAAGUUCUUGUGUCACAAGUCAGACCUUGGACCAUGAAAACUUGAUGAUUCCAGCAAAAGAAAUGUAUGCAGAGUUAUUGAAAAAGAAAGACCAGAUCGAGGAACAACUGGCAAUAGUUUCAGAAUCAUUGCACAAAAUGGAGGAAGACAUGGGAUGGCUACAGUCAACAAUGGAAGCAUACACUCCAAACACUAACAAAAACGAUUCAGAAGACACACUACCGCCUUUGCUAUUGGAGUCGCCACCGGCAAUUACCGAAGAAGAUGAAGACGCAAAGGAAGUGAACGAAGGAAAGCUUAUAACAGAGAUAACUCCAAACACAAACCCACCAGAAGAAGAAGAGGCAAAACCAGUGGGUGAUAAUAAGAUGGAGAUUGUCAGAAGCAGCGGAUUCAGAAUUUGCAGGCCUGUUGGAAGCUUCUUAUGGCCAAACAUGGCUGCUGUCUCUGUUACUACUGCCGUCUUUUCCCCUAACCCUACUACCGGUUUGGUUACUUCUCCUCCAAGUCAACAAUGCGAAACCCUACCCAUCCUUUCUCCUCCUCCUCUUAUCAAGCCCCUGGCUGCAAAGCGUCCCGUCCUUGUGGAUUUACCUGUCACUGUCGCUCGUCCGGAAAGUUCCAGAAACCUGAAUCAGACUUCUCCUUCAACCAUUAAAGCUGCAGCUGGAAACACAGCAGCGUCAGUUCUUACUUUCCCCGCAAGUAACCUCAAACCUUGAACCAAGAAUGCCCAGACGGAGGAGAAAAGCCAGCAGGUAAUUAGAAGCUUUUCACUUAUAGUAAAAAUUAAAAUAACCGAGAAAAAAAAAGAGCUAUUAAACUAAAGAAUAACAUACAUUUUCUUUCCAAAUUUCCCCUUACGAGGGAUUUAACUGCGUUACUUACUACGUACAUAUAGGGUUGAUUUGAUUCGGCUUUACUAAAGUAGAAAAAAAGAGAAGACUGAAACCACGAAGAAUUUUACGGGUGGGGAUUCUUGGAACAGUAAAUGUUCCGAUUUUGUGAAACGGGAAUCAG